CAGCUGAUGUACGAAGGGCUAUAUAAAAAAAUAAAUUUGAUUUGAUUUAUCACCACCUGUACUCUGACUGACAACCCCACCUACAUCUGGUACAAGAACGGACACAAAGUAAAGGAGGACACUUCCAGCCUGUACUCAGACUCCUUUAGUGAUGCAGAGAGUUACACCUGUACUGUAAAAGACCAUGAUAAUCUGCACUCUCCUGCUGUGUGUAACAAGUGUUGGAGUGUGACUUACACCAAUCAGAGUAUCUGUACCUUGAAGGGGUCAACAGUGGACAUAUCCUGCUCUUACACAUAUCCCAGUUACCAUGAGAUCAAAACAACUUUCUGGUUUACUAAAUGGGAGUCUGGUAUUGGUCCUAAAGAUCUGAGCUCAGUGCCAGGGUAUGAGGGUCAUAUCGAGUACCUUGGGCAUAAGGAGAGUGACUGUACCCUGAGAAUCACAGACCUGAGAUUGAGUGACUCUGCUGGGUACAGGUUCAGAUUCAUAACAUCUGGAGGAAAGUUUUCUGUCUCAGCUGUCUCCCUGACUGUCACAGAUGUUGUGUUGGAGAUGGAUCCUACAUCUGUGUCAGAGAGGGAGAAUGUCACACUGACAUGUAGAACCAAAUGUACACUGGACCCCAUCACAGCCUACAGUUGGUAUAAGAAUGGACAGCCUAUACCAAACAGCAACACCUACUCUCCUGUCUAUAUCCUAUUCUCAGUCAGCAGUGAGGAUACAGGUAGAUACUCCUGUGCUGUAGAAGGCCAUGAGGAUCUCCCCUCUGCUGAAGAGACUCUCACUGUCAGAUAUGGACCAAGGAACACCUCAGUGUCAGUCAGUCCCUCUAGUGAAAUAGUGGAGGGCAGUUCAGUGACUCUGACCUGCAGCAGUGAUGCCAACUCACCUGUGGACAAAUACACCUGGUACAAGAAGAACGUAACCUCACCAAAAGCAUCAGGACAGAGUUACAGCAUCACUAACAUCAUCUCUGAGGACAGAGGAGAAUAUUACUGUGAGGCCCAGAAUGGAAGAGGAUCUAUGAACUCUACAGCUCUGAUGAUCAUUGUAGCAGUGAAACAAACAGUUCUGACUGCAGCUGUAGGAAUCAUAGUUGUUGUUCUGGUUCUCAUCCUCUGUCUCUCUGGACUCAUGUGUUUCAGGAAGAAGGCCUCCAAAUCCACCUCUGACACAAGACACACAGCAGACGAUGGACAGGGAGACUCUGGUCCAGUGUAUGACAACGUCUCAAGCGUGGCCAUGAGCCCUACAGACAACCAGGAUGACAUUCACUACGCCAGCGUCCACUUCUCUCACUCCAAAAACCAGGAAGUGCCUCUGUACUCCACCGUCCAACUGCCUCAAACCCAGAAACAGGAUGAGGAUGUCCAGUACUCUGCUCUGAAAUUCAACCGCCCCACUGCUGCCACCUGACCCACAGCAGCACAAGCAUCUGAGGAGGACCCCUCUGUUCUCUACAGUACAGUCAACAAACCCAGAACCAAGAAGACCUGAACACAACAAACCCAGAACCAAGAAGACCUGAACACAACAAACCCAGAACCAAGAAGACCUGAACACAACAAACCCAGAACCAAGAAGACCUGAACACAACAAACCCAGAACCAAGAAGACCUGAACACAAUAAUUUAAAUCAAAACCUUGUACACUGUAUAUACAAAAGUAUGUGGACACCCCUUCAAAUUAGUGGAUUUGGCUAUUUCAGCCACACCGGUUGCUGACGGGUGUAUAAAAUCGAACACACAGCCAUGCAAUCUCCAUAGCCAGACAUUGGCAGUAGAAUGGCCUUAAUUAAGAGCUCAGUGACUGCCUGUCAACUGUAAGUGCUGUUAUUGUGAAUUGUAAACGACCACGAGCAACAACGGCUCAGCCGCGAAGUGGUAGGCCACACAAGCUCACAGAACGGGGCCGCUGAGAGCUGAAGCGCGUAAAAAUCAUCUGUCUUCGGUUGCCACACUCAGCACAAUAACGGUUCUUCGGGAGCUUCAUGAAGUGGGUUUCAAUGGCCGAGCAGCCCCACACAAGCCUAAGAUCACCAUUCGCAAUGCCAAGCGUCAGCUGGAGUGGUGUAAAGCUCGCCGCCAUUGGACUCUGGAGCAGUGGAAACGCAUUCUCUUGAGUAAUGAAUCACUCUUCACC